AUGUUUUAUCUUCAUUCAAAUCAAAAGGACAUUGUAGAACAAGGAAAAAAUGACAAGUAUGUAGGAUCAGCCUUUGACCAUUACUGUAUGCCUACAACCGAAUUUGCAUCAUGGGAAUACCAUCAAGUAACUAUGGAGGUCACAAUAGGCUGGAGCCGGCUGGAGGCAGCUGUGAGCAGGGUGGAGCCAAGACGGCGGUUGCACUUGGUGCAAAUGGUUCAUCUGGAGUCUGAUGCUUUCCUACUAUGUCUCAACCACACUCUGAGCACAGAGAAAGAAGAGGUGAUGGGGCUGUGCAUAGAGUUGAAUGAUGACUUAAGGAGUGACCCCAAGUUUACCACAGUUGCUGAAAAGAUUGACACUGUCAGAAUUGUUCACAUUCAUUCUGUCAUUGUCUUGUGGCAUUCUGAUAAGAGGAAGGGUCGAGUGGAAAUUUCUCCAGAGCAGCUGUCUGUGGCUUUAACUGAGGCAGAGAGGUUGACUGAACUAACCAGUAGUACCCUGAGAGUUGUGGGCUGGUAUCAUUCCCAUCCCCUUAUAACUGUUUGGCCUUCCCAUGUUGAUGUUCACACACAAGCCAUGUACAAAAUUAUGGAGCAAGGCUUUGUAGGGCUUGUAUUUUCUUGUUUCCUACAAGAUAAAAAUACAAAGACAGGACUCCAUACUUGCUUUCAAUCCAUAGAGGCCCAAAAGAGCUCAGAGUAUGAGAGAAUUGAAAUCCCAAUUCAUAUUGUACCCCAUGGAACCAUUGGGAAAGUGUGCCUUGAGUCAGAAAUUGAGUUGCCCAAGAUCCUGUAUCAAGAGGGGCAAGAUGCACAUAGGAGGAUCCACAGCCUUCUACAUCUGGAUUCAGUAACCAAGAUCCAUAAUGGCUCAGUGUAUACUAAGAAUCUGUGCAGCUCAGCAGUCAGCAGACCUCUACUACAGUGGUUGGAGGACAGACUAAAGAGAAACCAAAAGCAUUUACAGGAGUUGCAACAAGAAAAGAAAGAGUUUAUGCAAGAACUUUCUUCUCUAGAAUAA